CAGUAUACCACUCAGCACCCUUUGACGAGCAAAGGGUAUUAAAACAGUGUUAAAACAAAAACAAAUUAAAAAAUCAUAAUGAAGGUGAUGUACGCUUUCGUGAUGAUGAGCUGCGCGCUACUGGUGCAAGCGUAUCCCUACAAUCCCUACUAUGGAAACGUGGACUCCCUUUCCUACGGCUCGGGCGACAGUAACCGAGGGGGUUUGGUUAUGAGCCGUUACUACAAUCCUUACUACAACCCCAGAGCUGUGGGCGGUGGCAUGGCCGCGUUCAUGUACCGCCAGCCCGAAGCCGCACAGGCGCCUUCAACGGGCCAGGUGUACAUACCUGAUCGUCGCCGCCAGACCCUUGCCGAUACCAGCUACGUACCGCAACAAGAAAACGAAGUCUAUUACCCUCAGCAACCAGAGAACCCGAUCUUCAGCCCCACUCAAGCGACCGAGCUGGCUGACCCCACUGAAAAGAUCGAACUGUACUCCACCACUCUGGUACCGGUUGCCAAGGCUACCGAAGCGCCUGCCGCUCCUGAACUACCAGAGCCGGAAGUACUCGAAGUUGAGGAGCCCAAGGCGAAGAAGGCUGUCGCUAAUAAGAAGAAACAGGCGAAGAGGCCUCUUGAGGAAGACGAGGAAGAAGACGACUUCGCACCACCCAGAGUGCCCACAUCCGCGUUCUUCCCAAUGUUCUUCGGAUGGGGAGGUAGGGCCGCAGGUGGUCCCGGAGGCCCGACCGCAGUUGCCAACGCAUACAGCACAGGCCGAGGAGGCGUCGCCACAAGCCACGCCACCGCCUACGGUGGACCCCGACCGGACGAAAAAUUGUAAACCUUAGACCUAAAUGUAAAUUGAUACUAUGAGUUGUUUUGUAUAGAAUAUAUUAUUAUUAUUAUUUUUUUGUAAAAAAUAUGGAUGAUAUU